AUGACGCCAAGUACCAUUGCUUCUUCGAACAUUGUGCAGAUCCUGGAGGGGCUUCCGAGGAUGUCGAGCGAGACUCCUGGCUUGGAAGCCCUGGGUCCUCCCAAGCCCGGCACUCGUGCUCCGCCAAGCUCCCCUGUGCUGCGGUACACUGCAGGUGCAAAGCCUGUGGCCAGGUUGGCGCAGAUGGUGGAGGAACUCGAGAUGCUCAUCGCCAAUGACGAGCAGAUGCGACUUGACAAAGACCGACUUCAAGCAGAACUAGAGGUUCUCGGUGACAUGGAAGGCAUUCCGCACGCGGAGCUUCAAGCAGAGAAGUCCAACAGUGAGCGCGAGGAGGGUGCCCGCCAGGGACAGGACAACUGCCCGAAGCUGCACAUCUCAGGCAAGCGCGACGCAACGUGAGUGUCGUACGUGAAAUAAACCCCACCCCAACGAGCCAUGCUGACGGCUCCGGGCAGCUGCGAGCAAGAUGUGCUCGGAGAUGGAGUCAACUCCUCGGAUCCGUCCAUCUUGACUGUCAGACCGCGCUCACAUUUUCCAGC